CUUCGAAGCAGAUCAGUCCUGGGUGUCGAUCUCUAAGAUGGCGGCUCGUAGAAGAAGUGUUGUUUGGAACUUUUUUAGAACCAUCGACGAUGAGUCGCUCCUGUGUAUGCUCUGUAGGCGUACUCUGGCGAACCAGAACAACACCUCAUCCAUGCUUCGACAUCUGCGUGUCAGACAUCCGUCCGAGUUUGCCGGCACCUUGAAAACGGAACAGCCCUCCACUGGCGGGAACGGACAUCAUGGCAUGGAGGCGGCGGGCAGCGAUCAUUACUACGCGGUGGAGGUGGCCCUGGAGGACAGAGAUACAGAGGCCAUUACCAGCGUCAGUGAGGGCAUUACCACCGUGAGUGAGGCUGCUGACAUUGCUUCUGCUGUUAAUGGCAUCUUGGAAAUUGCACAAGAAGUUUCAGUGAAUCACGAUGAUGGUGGUGGUGUAGGUGGUGCAGCCAAUUCACCACGUAAAAGGAGUUUGAUCUGGAAGUACUAUGAAACCAUGGAGGGACUGGAUGCCGUUCGUUGCCGGCUUUGCAUGAAGAAGUUGCAGUAUGUUAGAGGCAGCACAAGCAACCUGCGUCGACACAUUGCAAAGAGACACUCCGAGGUUGUGUCUGAGCUAGUCAAUGAAGUAGCAAACCCACCACGAUCCAGCAUGGUACCGGGCUCAUCCAGCACAUCUGUAACUCCGAUGUCUGUGGAUUCAAGAGAGCACUCUCCAGAUGGACUGAGAACAAAUGAUGGCGAAAAGCGUGUAAUGACCAGGGAGAUGGAGCUAGUGGAAGCUCUGAGGAGGGCACAGAAGGAGGAAGCGAAAGCUCUGGAGCAUCAGAGGGAGCUUCUUGAGAUGCUACGUGCUGCAAAUGCCAGGGACGUAGCGGCAGAGAAGAUGCAAACGAGUCGAUGAAGAAAGCUCAGGAAGAGGAAGCUAAGGCCUUCAGCAGAGAGAAAGAAGCACUGCAGAGAGAAAAAGCAGAACUGCAGAAGCAAUGGGAACAGCUGAAGCAAGAGAGGCAACAGUUUCAAUCCUCCAGAGGACAGGCUCAAUGAUUUUUUUGUGACAGGAUGCUGAUAAAGCCUGGCAGGUCCACAACUUGACUCAGAGGUUUUGUAUUUUAUGGUUUCUUGUCCUGUUCCACUGCAGAAAACCGUUGAGCAAUGAUUUGGUAUUAAAAUGGGAACUUUGAAUCUUCCAUUGGCCAAAGCUCCAGUUUUCCCAGUUUCACCUUUUUUGGGCAAGUGUUAGUUUUAAAUUGGGGUGGUGUUAGCGAAUUCACAUUUUGUGUAUUUGUCAAUGGAUCACAAUGACAAAUGUAAAACAUUUUUUACAGUUAUGUUGGACUGUCUCGUGAUGUAGAUAAAACUGCAGCAGCUUCACAAAUAUAACUUUUUAAUAGUUGUCUUGUAUUAGCUGAUUUAGAAACGGCUCUUUCAAUCCAGUUCACUGUGUUAACAGGUUACAAAUCUUUAUUUUGUGCUUCAGUGAUUUUAAAACAUUUGGAGCAUGGAAUGCUCCUUUCAUAUUAGGGAUGCACCCUUUUGAUACAGAUCCAACAGACCCAAGUACAGAUCUGAUGCCACUUCAGAAUUCAGUGAUUCGAUUAAAUUAAUCCAUGUCCAUAGUAGUCCGAGGAUGUUACUGUGUGUAUCGCUUCUAAACUGUAAGUGGAGUUGUUUUGUACACACAGACACAUGUAAAUUAAUUUCUAUAAGGCUUUUGACACUGCAUUGAAAUGUACAAUUUACCAUGUCAAGACAUGAGUGUAAACACACCUUUGUCUUCAGUUUAAAUGUGUAAGAAGUGUGUUUAGGAUGACUGGUUGUGAAUUGCUGCGAUAACACACAUCCCUGCUGGUUAAAAAUAUAUAUAUGCUUAUUUGGAGUUUCACAGUUAAUGCCUAAUGCUGCCUACAGGUUAAAAUGCUUUUACUGUCAGGUAACAUGCAAAAAGUGCAUCAGCAGUACCUUCACACAACUGUGGUGCAGCGCACCACCCUGGAGCUGUUCCCGUUGUGCUGACCAUCAACUCAGCUGGUGCACGAGCAACCAAAUCACACAGGUCACUUACAUCUGGAGGACCGAGGAAGGAACAUCAGCAUCGGUGCAUCCCUAACUAAGAUGUGACAAUGUACAGUAAAAUCCAAGUGCAGUAAACCAUAUUGUUUAAACAGG